AUGGUCGUGCUCGACAAAGUCCGCGUCAACGUCCUAUGCAAUGGACACAAACUCAAAGAAUACGACGACCUAGCCACCGGCACUGGCCCAGACAACCGCCUCGACCUAACAAGCGAUGCCACCAAGACCGUGACGCGAUGCCUCCAAGCCAAACCACUCAAAGAGUACUUUAUCCGCGUUGCCGUACGCAAAGGCUUCGACUUCGGCCCGCGGGCGAACUGCUUGAGCUUCUGUGUCUACAUUGACGGCGAUAGAGUGCGCAGAAAACAUAUCUCGAAGGCCGUUAGCGAGAGGCGCUCUGGAUUCCAUCAUGUCAUCAAGGGCAUGCAAGUCUCAUCGGACGUUGGCUGGCGCAGACUCGCCUUUUCAAUACCUUUUGAUACUGACCGUCCGUUAGCUGAGGAGUCCAAGGGCUUGAACGAGGCCGAGUUGAAGCGACGAUAUGGGGAGGUCGGCAUCGUCCGAGUUGAGGUCUGGCGUGAGAUUGAAUACCGUGAUGGGAACAUUCCUGCCGCGAGGGCUCUGGAAGACAUGCCUGCUACACGUCCCAUCCCCGAGAGAGCGAUCAAAGGGCAGAGAAUUGAUAUCGUUACUCAGGCUGGACAACACCACGUAAUGAGCAAGCCACCAAACCCAUGGGCUUCGAGACGAGUGGACGCUUCCCCAAUCACUGAAUUCAUCUUCAAGUAUCGCUCGGAAAAUGCCCUCAAGACCAUCGGUAUCAUUCCCAUUCCCUUAGAGGAGCGGGACCCACGAGGUCUAUCCCGCGACGAGCUUCUGGAACUGGCCCGCCGCUUUCAGGUUUGCGUCCCACUACCCCCUUUUAACAGUCUCCUUGGUCAGAAACAAGCAUGGCCUUCUUCCAAAAGCAGGCACCUAGAUGCUGACCAUUUCUCCCCCAUAAUGCAGGCUUCACGUCAGGGAAGAAUUGCGAGCAAGUGA